AAAAAAAAAAAAGGAGCACUUUUAGCCUUAUUUCGGUCUUUUUAUUCCUCUGUUACAUCUCUUCUUCUCCACCUCACACACCCCCUCCCUCCCCCUUGCCCUAACCUUGCUUCAGAUUUGAAUAGUGGAAGCGCGUGCACACUAGCCAUGGCGACGCGCCACCUCCUCAAGCUCUCUCGCCGGUCAAACCGAGCUCUAUCCACCACCACCAGAUCCAAUUCCACCGCCGCCGCCGUCGCCGCCGUCUCCGACACCCCCACCCCCUCCCCACCGCCUCCAAACCACAUGAUCUACGAUCGAGUAUCCGAACAAGUGAAAUCAAAGCUCAAACGACUCGAAAACCCUAACCCUAGGUUCCUCAAACACAACUCUCCAUACCCUACGUUAACCGAUCACACAUCGAUCCUCACCUACCCGGAGACACGUGUCACCACUCUCCCUAACGGCCUACGUGUUGCAACCGAGUCGAAUCUGGCGUCGCAAACGGCGACCGUUGGGGUUUGGAUUGAUGCAGGGUCGAGGUUUGAGACGGAGGAGACGAACGGUGUGGCGCAUUUUUUGGAGCAUAUGAUAUUUAAGGGGACGGAGAAGAGGUCGGUUAGGGAUUUGGAAGAGGAGAUUGAGAAUAUGGGAGGGCAUUUGAAUGCGUAUACGUCGAGGGAGCAGACGACGUAUUUCGCUAAGGUUAUGGGUGGCGAUGUGCCGAAAGCGCUUGAUAUAUUGGCGGAUAUUUUGCAGAAUUCGACGUUUGAGGAGCGGUUGAUUACGCGGGAGCGCGGUGUUAUUCUUCGGGAGAUGGAAGAGGUGGGCACACAAACCGAGGAAGUAAUAUUCGACCAUUUGCAUGCUACCGCCUUCCAAUACACUCCUCUCGGGCGGACCAUUCUCGGACCCGCUGAAAACAUCCAGAAGAUAACAAAGAAAGAUAUUCAAGAUUACAUUUCAACCCACUAUGCUGCUCACAGAAUGGUAAUAUCCGCCUCUGGAGCAGUUAAGCAUGAGGAUCUUGUAGAGCAGGUGAAGAAGAUGUUCACAAAACUAUCUGCUAAUCCCAUGACUACUACACAGUUGGUAGAAAAGGAGCCUGCAAUAUUCACUGGUUCUGAGAUUCGCAUGAGGGAUGACGACGCGCCUCUUGCUCAAUUUGCUGUUGCCUUUAAUGGAGCAUCAUGGACAGAUCCCGAUUCAAUUGCGUUGAUGGUAAUCCAAGCUAUGCUUGGAUCAUGGAACAAAACUGCAGGAGCCGGCAAACAUAUGGGUUCACAACUUGCUCAGCUGGUGGGGAUCAGUGAACUUGCCGAGAGCAUGAUGGCUUUUAACACAAACUAUAAAGACACUGGCUUAUUUGGUGUCUAUGCUGUUGCUAAGCCGGAUUGUUUGGAUGACUUGGCUUUUGCAAUAAUGCAAGAGAUAAGCAAAUUAUGUUACAGAGUCAAUGACGAUGAUGUCAUUCGUGCUCAAAAUCAGCUUAAAUCUUCAUUGCUUCUCCACAUUGAUGGAAGCAGCCCUACUGCUGAAGACAUUGGACGACAGUUGAUUACGUAUGGGCGUAGAAUCCCGUUUGCUGAGUUAUUUGCCAGAAUUGAUGCAGUGGAUGCUGCCACCAUCAAACGUGUAGCUAACAGAUUCAUAUUUGAUCAGGACAUAGCAAUUGCGGCAUCUGGGCCAGUGAAGCUAUUGCCCGACUACAACUGGUUCCGUCGUCGCACUUACAUGCUCCGUUACUAGGCUCCUGUUCUAAUUUUUUUUGUUGUCAUCCUUUUUGUCAUAAAAUCUUUGGAAGAUGAGUGUUCAUUUGCAUGGGCAAAAACGUAAUUUUUUGGCUUUUUCCUGAAUUAAAAUAAAGCCCAAAGGCUUUUUUUGGAUCGCCUCUGUAUAACAUGAAAUGUAGUUUAUACAACGAAAGGUUCACUAUGUUAUGCCUUUCAUUUCAUUA